AUGACCUCGCCGCACAUCGAGUUUGCCUCAACCGCCGUUGCGAAUCCUCCUCUGCACGCCGCCUCUGCCGGAUCCACCGUGUCUGCACCCCUGCCGCCCACUUCUUUGCCGAUCGUGGUCCCUGAAUCUGCGCUCGACGCCUCACAGCAGCCCAGAGCCUACGAGUACGAGUACGAGCACUCCUACAGCAUCCCUUCGCGCCCCGACGUUUCCGCCUUUCCUGCCGCCCUCCCCCCCGACCGUGUCGAGUCAGCAUCUGCUACCCCCGCUGCCACAGCCUUCUUCGCAUUGGGGUCCCCUUCGACCAGUCAGAGGCCGCAGCCGCAGCCGCAGGCCCAGACGCAGACGCAGCUGGGACCAAGGCACAAGCAGAAGCCCUUCUCUGCCGCCUUUCUGCCACGAUCCUCCUCUCUCCUCCCCGCUGUUCGGCUCGGCCGAACCGGCCUGUCUGCCGGCACCGCCGCCGCGUCUUCUCCGCUCUUACUGCGGCCCCUGGUCCAUGCGCCCGCGACGCUCUCCUUCUCUGCCAUUGCUGAACCUGAGAAGGACGAGGACGACACUGCAGCACCACCACCACCACCACCACAGACCGUCCCCUUGCGCGACACUCGGCACUCGCGCUCCAGCAGCGUCGGCGGCGGCUCCGACAACCUGCGCAGUCUCUACCGUUGGUCCUCGUCUACCGGCUCGAGUCGUCUCUCGCUGUCAGCCGGCCACUCGCUCGUCUACCGCCACCAAAAGUCUGCCAGCUUCAGUCGUCGUCUCAGCGUCGAAUCCACCGGCCGUCUCGGCGACACCACCGAUUCACCGCCUCCGCCGCCGGCGCCGCCAAAGGACCGCGAGCCGACCCCGCGCAAACUGCAGAAGAGCUGUCCCGGCACGGCAGACGCGCCCACACCCAUCCACGAGGAGUUCUCGUCAGCCCAGUCACCGUCGCGCGUCAGCUACCGCCAACAGGCCUCCCCACCGCGCUUUCUCCCUCCCAUCAUCGCCCUGCCGUCGCUCGAGCAGGAGGUACAGAACGGAGCCACUGGCUCGCUGUCUGACCUGAUGGCUUCUCCACAGCAUCGCCGGCCGCCUCAUCUUCGCCAGCUCAGCUCCGAAGACAACAUCAAGUCCUUUUACUUUGGCGACGCGCUUGCCUCUGCCACCUACACCGGCCGAUCCACGCCUGCUCACCAGAUUAUCGAGAACCCGGAGUCCCCCAUCCGCUCCCGGUCGCGCGCUGGCAUGGACGGUAUGUAUGGCCGCGAGUCUGAAGCUGCUGCCGCACGGGCGCAGGCUCAGGCGCAGGCCCAAAUACAGGCGCAGGACCAGGCCCAGACGUACGGUCGGAGCCGAUCGCGAACCAAGGGAAGCAUGGACUCCAGCAGGAGCAGGGACCGGGCGAACAAGCCGCCGUCUCAGAAAGCCAUGCUGUCGCGUGCCCUCCAAAAGGCCAACGCCGCCGUGCAGCUCGACAAUGCCGGCAACAUUGAGGGCGCGCGCGAAGCUUACGCCGAGGCUUGCCGACUCCUGCACCACGUUCUGCUCAAGACACAAGGCGAAGAGGACAAGCGCAAACUGGAGGCAAUUCCGUCGGCCUUCAGUGCCAGCUACGAUAGUUCGAAGCAUGGCGACACGCUGCUGAGCGACCAGUACACCUUGCAGUCCUCCUUCUCGCGCUCGCCGAGGAGAGAAUUCCACAGGCCCAGUGUCAUCAACACGACUGCGUUCAACAGUUCCCUUCAGCCUCCGAUGGACGUAGCCUCCCCAUACAUGCCCCCACCACUGUCCCCUCGACGGAUACCACCAACGACGACGGCUGGAAUGGCCCAUCCGCCACCGUCAGCGCCUGUCUUUGGCGAGCCGAAGUGGCUGGUGCCAGAGUACAGCUCAGAAUCAAAAUCCUUUAGCAACCAUGCCAGGUCGACGAGCCACGAAUCGAUUUCGUGGUUGGACCCGAUCGACGAGUCUGGCGGGUCAGCCGCAUCGUCCGUACACUCUCGAUCCUCGUCCAGGAUAAUACGGAAGCAUAUCCGAGCGACCAGCGGAGCGACAGAAGCCGAGUUCGACGCAGCCCUGGAUGACGCCAUCGAGGCGGCAUACGACGACGGAUACGAUCCGAUGAGCCCCGGGACGUCAGACGCGAACGAGUAUGGCAAUGGCUAUCUGGCAGACGCCGCACGAAAGGCCGAGCUGGCACGAGAGCGCAUGCGCGAGGCCGAACUGGAGGCCAUGCGCUUCGACCGCCAAAUGCGGGAGCAGCAGCGUCGGCAGCAGGAUGAGGAGAUGGCAGAACGCACGAGGCACAAUUUCCUCGACCCGGCAGACGACUCGGACGAAGAGGAGCGGAUUCUGGAAGAGAUGACCAAUGGCUAUGCGAUAGAAGACUUUGCGUUUGGAUCCGACGUCAAUGGGAAGCCGAACUCGCACGAGUCCGAAGGGGUAGAGCCGACAAACAAGACGGUGCUGGCGACGGUGACGGAGAACACGGUUUCCAUGCCGGCGGUCGUGUCGGCAACCAAGGGGGGUUAUCCCGGUACAAUGCAGCCGCCGCCGACACAGGCGCUGCCGAAAUUGCCGCCGCAGGCAUUGGCUUCCCGUCUCACGCCGACGCAAAGCCCCCGAUCGGAACAGACGGUGCGGAACCGGCGUCUUUCUGGCCAGAGCAUGACGCAGCUGAAGAUCGACACGUCUUCGCCAGGUGUGAAAACCGGGAUGCGACAGCCGGCCACGACGACGGGUGCUCCGCCCUCAAUGAUGUCAGCCGGUCCGACGGCUGUGCCACAGGCAACGGUGCGAACUGCCGGCUUUCUUGCGCAGCAGAGACAAGUGUUGUCUGCAGUGACGAUGCGGCCUGGCUCUCGACAGGCACCGGUGGCGCCCGGCGACGGAACAGUGCAGUCCGGCUUCCUGCCACCCACACCACCGAUACCGCAAGGGACGACGUUUGCGGACGUAGACAGUACGACGGGCCGGACAGGCUCGCCUUCGAUUGGCAACGGCAGGCCGGCGCUGCGAAAGAACUUCUCGUCGUCUAGCCUGAGGAGCAUGCGCGGUCGCAACAUAUCGGUGAGCAAUCUGGAGGACGGAUUGGACAUGUCGCCAGGCACGCCAUUGAGCAGCCAUUUUGCGCUGAACGGCCGGCUGCCAGCGCUGCCAAGCCUGCCGUCCUCAAGCCUGGCUACGCCGCUCGUGGCGGCGCUCAAGGAGCGGAUGGCGAUAGGGACGAGCAGCGGGACGGGUGGGAUGUCGCUGCUAGAGGGCGAUUUCCACUCGCCGAGCACGCCGGGGUCGCCAAACAUGGUAUUCUCGGACGCGCCGGCACCAUUGGAACCGUGUCCGACGGACUCGAUGCUGCGGCCGUUCUGGCUGAUGCGGUGUCUGUUCCAGACGCUGGCACACCCACGCGGCGGCUACCUUAGCAACCGGCUGUUUGUGCCGAGCGACGUGUGGCGGGUCAAGGGCGUGAAGCUGAAGAACGUGGACGAAAAGAUUUUGAACUGCGACCUACUGACGGCAGCGCUGCUGAAGCUGGCGCGGGUGGACACGUUUGACGCAGACGCGAUGCUGGUGGAGAUGCAGUCGUUUGAGACGGUGCUGGAGCAGGUGCAGGCGACGCUGACACGGCGGCUAGGCAGCGAGGUGGGCGUGCACAGCAGCAGCGUCAUGUUCAAGGACGCGUCGAUGGUCCGGGACGGCGAUGCGGGCGGUAGUUUUGGCGGUGGCGUUGGCAGCAGCGGCGGCGGCGGAAUGGGAUCGAACGGCGGGACAGGCUCGGGAUUGGGGUUGGGGUUGGGCAUGGGCCUCGGAGCAGUGCCGCGAGCAGCCAGCGUGACGGGCAGCCGGUCGUUUUCCUGGCGACGGCUGCGGUCGAAGAACUCGGCGGCAGCGCUGGGCGGCAGCUACACGUCGACGAGCGGACGCAAGGAGAGUCUCUCGGGCGCGUCUGGGACAGCGGCGAAAGAGGGCGGCAGCAAUGGUCUUGGUGGAGGAGGCAGCAGUGGCGGCGGAGCCUCGACGACGCUGUCCUCACUGCCGAUGACGCAGAACCCGACGAGCAAACCGGUGCGCCGCGAUCUGGCAGCGGCCAAGUUUGCAGGUCCAUACGCGCAUUAUGCUGCAUCUCUGGCACGCUUGUUUGACGCUGCUCAGUCGAUUGACCAAAUUGCCCGCCAGGUGGAAGACCCCGGCCUCCGUCACGCCGACAAGACGCAGGUCGGACUGGAACUCUGCACGCGCAACGCAGCCGAGUUCUUUGCCUUUUACAUCUGUCGCUUCGUUCUCUCGGACGUGUCCUUGCUGAUGGAUAAGUUUGUCAAGCGGGGCAGCGAGUGGGUGCUGACCUGA